GUUACUGCCAGAGGCAACAGCGCGAGACAGCGCGAGAGUUGGAUUGAAAAAUCCCCGGAUGUUACGACCUCUUCGUGGUCUGCCAUCUUGGAAAAAGGCAAGAUGAAGUUUAACAAGAUGGUGUCCUCCUCCCGGAGGAAGAACCGCAAGCGUCACUUCAACGCGCCCUCCCACGUCCGUAGGAAGAUCAUGAGCUCGCCUCUGUCCAAGGAGCUCCGCGCCAAGUACAACGUCCGGGCCAUGCCCAUCCGCAAGGACGAUGAGGUUCAGGUGACCAGAGGUCACUACAAGGGUAGCCAGGUUGGCAAGGUCGUGUCGGUCUACAGAAAGAAAUUUGUCUGCUACAUCGAGAGAAUCCAGCGCGAGAAGGCCAACGGUGCAACGGUGUACGUCGGUAUCCACCCUUCCAAGAUGGAGAUCACCAAACUAAAGAUGGACAAGGACCGUAAGCAGAUCAUCGACCGUAAGGCGGCCAGCAGGCAGCAGACGGAGAAGCAGAAGGGCAAGAUUCAGGAGGAGGAAAUCGAGUAGCUUCCCUCUGUCUGCCUGUUGUCUGUGAGAUAAUAAACUCAACAACCAGA